GAACGAUUGUCCCUACGAGGGAAGACUCCGAGGUUGGAGACGACUUCUUGAUAGCGGGGUAUCGACACUGUGUAACCAUCCUGCAUACGCAUACGUAGGUCAGGUAAGGCAGCAGCUACUGUACCUACCUACUUGUAUGCAUGUCUCACUCCUAAUUGCAAUUGCUCCACCUCACAAACUUCUACUGUUAGGUCAUUUUUGUCAGGAGCUGUCUCACGAAAAUCUUCUUUACUAUGUUUCCACAUCUCACCUCCAGUAUCUCAACUUUUGCGAUCCUGGGACUAUCUCUCGUCUUACUAGCGGCAGUUCAACAGGAACGAUUGGGAGAUGGGAGAUUGGAAGAUGGGAAGGAGGGUGCAAAUUCCAAUUCCAAUUCGAACCCGUUUGAUGAAGGGUUCAAGAAGUUGGCUGAGAGGGAGUUGGAGAGGUGGAGGGUUCCGGGUGUGGCGGUUGCGGUUGUUGAUGAGGGGAAGGUUUGGGCUGAGGUUUGUUGGUGUUUUAUUGUUUCCUUUGCAUGGUGGACUUUCAUUUUUCACGUCGUGAAUGGUGAAAUGAGUGCUCCAAUUCUGAAGGGGGUUCUUUCAUGGAAUCGAAAAUGGAUGACCCCUUUGAAGAAAGAUGGAGGAGAAUGUCGGUUUCUUCUCGUGAUUCAUGGGGACUCGAACUCUCUUUUGAGAGAUCAUGGAGUUGGGAGAAAUGAAAUGAGCAGAACUGAAAAGAACAUAACAAGUCGAUAUACUAAUCAAGAUACUCCAACCAGGGCUACGGUAUAGCAAAAUUCCCAGACACACCAGUAACACCCAAAACACUCUUCUUCUGCGCCAGUACCACCAAAGCAUUCACAGCCGCUGCCCUCGCACUCCUUAUCUCAUCAGGUAAUCACUCCUCUCUGGUCUCUGGAUGGCGAACUCCGGUUAGUGAGAUCAUCAGAGGCGAUUUCGUGAUGAAGGAUCCGUAUCUCACGCAGAAAAUUACGAUUGAGGAUAUUCUUAGUCAUCGAACGGGAUUACCCAGUCAUGAUAUGAGUUAUGGGGGCAAGGAUGGGGAGGGAAGACCUUAUGCGAUUGGGGAUGUGGUGAGGGGGUUGAGGGAUUUGGAUCUCACGGGGGGGUUGAGGGAGAGGUUUCAGUAUUGUAAUAGUGAGUUUUUUUGUUUUUAUUUUUGUUGUUGAUUCGUUUUUGUUUCUGGGGUUGAGUGAGAGAUGGAGGAUAAUGGAGGGUCAAUGUGUGAAUUUGGGACGUUGGGUAGAGAUGGCUGACUUGUGUAGUAAUGUAUAUUGUGGCUAGUUAUGUGAUUGAGACGAUUACUGGAAUGUGGUUGGGGGAUUUCUUGAGGGAGAGGAUUUGGGAACCGCUUGGGAUGGAGAGUACGGUAUGUUUUUUAUCCUUCUUCUGGAUUUUAUGUGGUGUCUGAGAACAAGCGAGUGCUUUGCUUUGACAUGUUGAGAUUCUUCUGGCUGUAACUUUAGGAUGAAAGAAUACUCACUCCACUGAUAUUUCUUCUGUCCUGAGAACUCUUGUUCUUCAUAUCCCAGGGAUCCUUCACAUCUCACCUAUCUAUAUCUCAUCAUAUUUGCUCCCCACAACUGACAAAACAACAGUACUUCUCCGUCAAAGACGCUCUAGCCGCCCCUGAGCCUCUCGCGCAAGGGUAUAUCUACUACGAAGACAAGUUCCAAGAAGUCCCCAUAAUGGACUUUGCAGUUGUAUCAGGAGCCGGUAGUAUAAUCUCCAACCUUCUCGACUAUGCCAAAUGGUUGAAAGCUUUACUUUCUCACUCGGGUCCACUAUCGAAAGAGGACAUUACCGCUUUACUUACGCCACGUUCAUUUUAUCCACCUACCUAUGACCCGGAUCCAUUCACGGGUUCUAGUACCUAUGCGCUUGGUUGGAAAGUUGGUGUUUAUCAGGGGUAUGAGUUCUUUUCACAUGCGGGGGGUAUGGAGGCUUUUGGGGCGGAAGUUAGUAAGUAUUCAUUUUUAAUUCUGAAGAAAAGCUGUGUAACACAUUGGUCGAUAUGCAAAGGACUGAUCAUUUUGUUUUGGCAGUUUUCUUCCCAGCUCUGAAUUACGGCGUCGUCGGUUUUGGAAAUACGGGCGGGACGUCGAAUGCUGUUGAGCAGGUUCUUCAGUGGCAGCUCAUUGAUGAUAAAUUGGGUAUCCCAGCCGAGAAACGGAUUGAUUGGAAUAAACUGUAAGUUCCUUCCCACUCCCAACUUUCCCAGAAACACUUUUUUCUUGUUACCCGAGGGUGAAAAUUACUUCCUCAAUCCAACCCCCUCCCAUCACCAACAAACAAUCCUCAGAUCCCAUCCUAACCCUCCCAGCAACACCGCCUUCCACCACUCCCUCCAAAAAUCCCUCCAAAACGCAACCCGAACCCUCUACCCGCACAUCCCCACUCCACCCCUGCCCCUCUCCCGCCCAUUAGAAUCCUACACAGGAACCUACACCCACCCAACCUACCACAACCUCACCCUCUCGCUCUGUCCUCCUCACUACUCGCCCUUCAUCCCCCAGAAACUAUGUGCGAAGCGCGCGAAUGCGACGUGGAAGCUGAAAAUGGAUUUCGUGCAUGUGAGUGGCGAGUUCUUUGUUGUGGAUGCGGAUUUUCUGGUUGCGCCUGGGGGUGUCACGAAGCAAAUUGUGCCGGCGGAGUUUAGGGUAAGUGCAGAGGGGAGGGUGGGGAUGUUGGGCGUGGGGUUGGAGAGGGAGAUGGGGGUNCAAAUUGUGCCGGCGGAGUUUAGGGUAAGUGCAGAGGGGAGGGUGGGGAUGUUGGGCGUGGGGUUGGAGAGGGAGAUGGGGGUUGGUGGGAGGAUUUGGUUUGUGAGGGUGGAGGGGUAGAGGGGAUGUGAGGGGAGUUUAUGAGAUGGGUUUGUGGAGGGGGGAUUGAGUGGGUGCUCUUGUUAUGUGAAACUUUUCUCAAUGAAGUGACGGAUAUCGCGGUAGCCUCUUGGAGUGACACAAGAGCGAAGGGCAAUGGUAUCAAGAGCAUCUAACAACUCUGUAUAUAUCCAAACUGGGAUCCCAUCAGUGGCUUUAAUCUGGGCCUUUUGA